AUGGCUAUGCGGUCUGCUAUUGAGGAAAUUCUUGUUGGCACAAAACAUCGUUGGUGUAUGUGGCAUGUAACGUACAAGCUAGCUGUCAAGGCGCCGAAGAAGCUCCUCACAGAUGACCAUUUCAAGAAGGAGUUCAACGCUUGCGUGUGGUCCGACUUACAUGAACCGGCGGAGUUUGAAGUAAUAUGGAAUGGAAUCAUUGAAGAAUAUGGUCUUCAAGAUGUGGAGUGGUUCAACACCAUGUAUCGCCACCGGAAGUAUUGGAUAUUGCAAUUCUACUUGAGUUUUAAUAAUGCAUUGGAAUCUCAACGACAUUCUUCUGCAAAGUUGGACUAUGCUGAUUCUACUCUUGUCCCAAUAUUGGCUACUGACCAACCAUUUGAAAAACAUGCAUCCACAUUAUUUAACGACAGCAUGUUCAGAAAAGUGCAAGUAGAAAUUGUGGAGGGUUGUAACAGAUGUCGCAUUGUUGGUUUGACGUCAGAAGGCAUGAUUCAUUUUUACAAAUUUGGUGACAGCUACCGCAACACAUUUGUUGUAACGCACGACAAGAAUCAUGACUCAUAUGCCUGCGAAUGCAAGUUGUUUGGUAGGCACGGAUUUUUAUGCUGCCACAUAAUUUACUUGUUCAAGAACAAUGAAGUGCGUGUCAUCCCAGAUAAGUAUGCUGAAAGCAGAUGGAUGAAGACGCCGUUAGCAAAAGUUGUACAUGGACACAUGGCUGACUCUUUGGAAAACACAUACGUGGUUGAUGAGAAGAUGAAUUAUCUAAUGAAGCCACCACUCUGUUUUACAGUUGCCUUGGAGGAUGGUAGAAGAAUUCUAUGGAAUGGUGAAACCCAAGUUGUUGAAGUUCACGCUCUAGAUGUUGUCCAGACAAAAGGAUCAUGUAGUACGAAAGAUAAGCGUAUCAUUUCGAAGAGAAAGAAGGCUAAAAAUGAGUUCAACUGCCCUGUUAGAAGAUGCGGUAAAUUCCAAGAGUUAGGUCAUCAUGAUUCCCGGAAUUGCAACCGUGUGAAGGAGAAGGAGUUGGAGAAGGAAAAGGGCAAGGGCAAGGAGAAACUUUGA